AUGUCCAGCCUCAGUGACCUCCUCAAUCGACAACCCCCCACACUAUGGGAACAAUUCCUGGCCCAGCCUUGCAUAUUCCAUGCGCGGAAGCUUUACACUUGGCAUCAACCCAUCCCCGCAAAACCACUCACAAAUCCUGUUUCUAUCAUCUGCGUCUCCGAUACGCAUAACAGCCAACCCAACCUUCCCGAUGGAGACAUUCUCAUCCAUGCUGGUGAUCUCACACAGUCAGGCUCAUUAAAGGAACUCCAAGCAACACUCACCUGGUUACGCGCCCAGUCCCAUCCCACCAAAAUAGUUGUCGCCGGAAACCACGAUUUACUACUAGAUGCAGCGCGCGAUAACUCGGAUAAAGCUAUCACUGAGCGGUCCCAGCUUGAAUGGGGUGAAAUCAUAUAUCUAGAAAAUGAAGAGAUUACCAUUUCCUGCGCAAAUGGUCGCCAUCUUAAGAUCUACGGAAGCCCUCUUACUACACGCAAUGGUAACUGGGCCUUUCAGUAUCCUCGCAAUCAAGACGUAUGGGCUGGAUCGGUGCCUGACGGGAUUGAUGUGCUAAUUACUCAUGGUCCGCCACGUGGUCAUCUUGACUCUUUACAUCUGGGCUGUGCUCCUCUAUUACGAGAGUUAUGGAGGGCCAGACCUAGGCUACAUGUGUUUGGACAUGUCCACGCGGGUGCAGGCACCGAAUGGAUCUUAUUCGAUGCGCUCCAGGAGGCGUACGAGCGCACUGUGAUUGCUAGAGGGGGGAUAUGGAAUCUUCUGUUUACAAUUCACGAGUUUGUCAAGACAUGGUUCAAUCCGAGUGUGGAGGCAAAAUGUUUACUUGUGAAUUCAGCCAUUGUUGGAGGCUUGCGAGAUGAUGAACGGAGACGGCCUAUCAAGGUUGUCAUUUGA